AUGCCGUUGACCACUGUUGUUGGAACCUCUGGAAGUGGGAAGACGACAUUCCUAAACGACCUGAACAAGCAGAGUAAAUGUGUCUAUAUAAGACAAUACCACCAGAUUCGUCCAUACUUGACGGUCUCUCGCAUUCCCAACUUUGAUGCUACCAAACUACCUUACUGGAGUAUCUAUGAAGGAGAAGGUACUGCCAAUAAGAUACCCGCGGGGGGGACCAUGGCGGGAGAGUUCACGCCUGGGUUGAGUGGGGGGCAACGCAAGCUGUUGUUGUUCGAACUGAUUGUCCAACGUGCCACGCAAUGUGGACAAAAGCUGCUGAUUGUCCUUGAUGAACCAUUUUCUGGCGUCACUGAUGACUUUGUUCCUUGGAUUGUGGAACGUCUUGAUUUUCUUCGUUCCAACGGACACAAUAUUGUCUUGGUAACCAACGAUCACGUUCACACACUCAUGGAACUAGCCGACAAUACAAUUACCGUCUCGGCCGUGAAUCGAAAUGUUGUGUCCAUCAACCAGGAUCAUACAAGCCAACGAGAAAUGGUCCUGCAUGCAUUAAGCAGCACCGGGGUGGACUACAUGUAUCCGAAAGCAACACAAUCAGACCUUGGCUUUUUUUUCAAUGUUGAAAUCCUUUCCUCCAAGGCGGUUUUGGGAGUUGCUUGCUUUACCAUAUUCUUCUUUGCGCUCUUUUUAGCGUCAUUUUGGGACUCUCAAACCAGCAGUUAUGUCUUGAUUCUCAUUGCUGGAGAUAUCAUUGCCUUCUUCUCAGUCAAUCCCUACCUU